GUCAGUACUGGACGUUUUAUCGUCUCACCUACAUUUACAAACAUUUUUAAGAUUUAUUUGUGCUAUCUCUGCUUCUAUACCCUUAUCUUGUCGCGCAACGGGAUUUUUCCAAGAGAAUUGCUACCACGGUGCAGCUAUGAGAUACGUAAGCCGAGAUUUAAUUUUGUUUUUUCCAUAAUUCAACAAUUACUCGUCGAAUUAGAAGGAAAUAUUGUGUGAGAUUGGAUUAUUUGUAUGUGGCUUUCAAUAAAUAUGAAAGUGAAGAUACGCGAUAAAGACGAUAUCGUAUACAUAGUGGCGGGAGAAUACAAGUAAAUAUCAGAUCAGCUGAUGAGUGACAACAGACAGACGGAGACCCAUUGUUCUUGUUCUUGGUUAUGGCGACAAGCAGUUCUGAUGGAUCUUGUACAGCACCUGCAGAUUUUCAGCUUUCUUCCGAGCUGGAAGACGUUUCAAGCCGUUUAAGUGUGAAUCUAUUAAAGUGUCCGUUGUGCCAUAAUAGUCGUCGAAUUUUUCACUGUCGACAGUGCAUUCAAAAUGGUGAUUUUAUUUAUUCAACUUCUGUUUAUGCUGAACGAUUUGCAGAUAAACAAUUGCGACUUCUACGGUUAAAAGCAGCAAGGGAUCAAUUAGAAGAAAAGUGUCUAAAGGCUCUCGAAAAACAUAAACAGCGGGAUAAAUUGAUAUGUGAUAUAAAUACUUGUAAAGAAAGAAUAAGGCUUCUUCAAUCGCUAGUAAAUGAAACCAGGCAAAGUAUAAAUGGAGGUAAUCAACGUUUGAAUGUACUCAAAGAUGUAAACUCUCAGUUAGCUCUUAGAUUACCUAUACAUGAAGAACGAGUAGAAAAAUUGCAUCGGCAUGUUACUGGUUUAAGAGCGGAACAAGAAGAACAAAAAGAAGCAGUACAUAGAGAAAGACAACAAUUAAAAAAAGUGAUAAGAACUGCUAUAAAACAAUUGAUUCAAUAUAUUUUUCCAUUGUCAAAAGUUCAACCUAACAGAAGUUUAUCUAGCAGUGAAGAAGAUAAUAGUUCAGAUAUUGUAACUUGCGCAUUGGCAGAUGCAUCGGGAACAUCCUACGUUAGAGGCAGAUGGAUUAAUGAUACAGACAAUUCUUCAGAAGUUCAACACUGUAUAGUUGCCCCUACUUUGCCAGGAAAUGGCAAUUAUAGUGCUUAUUCUUUAUGGGUGGCAGCGAACAAAGAUGGAGUACCAGGUGCAAAUAAAGAAACUGCAAUUCACAAUCCAGCAUACAAUAUCAGUGCUGCUUUAACUUAUGCUACACAAUUGGUUAAUAUUAUUGCGUACUAUGUUAAUGUAAGACUACCAUAUAAACUUGCUUAUGGUGAAUUUUGUGGAAAUGAAAUGUCAGAUCAAAAAUUUGCAAGGAAAGUAGCAAGACUUAAUAGCAAUGUUUUACAUUUAUGUUUUACACAAAAUACUAAUAUUGCUGUCUUACAUCCAAUGCAUACCCUACAAAACUUGAUGCACUUGCUCAAUACUGAAAUUAGUGAUCUUGGAAGAAUUGGUCCAAUGGAAGUAGAUCCAAAUAUUGUAGCACAACUGCAAAGUCAAUUAGUUCGAGAUUUAGAAAAUAGCGACGAUUCUGCUUCUGACGAAGAGGAAGAUGCUUUUAAUUGGGAAUGGGAAGCUGUUCCAAAUGUUGCAUGUCCUGAAAUGCCUGUUCCAAUCCCUGGUGCAAUGAUUAGUCAACAAUCAUCUAGUAUGCAAGUAAAUCAGAGUGUCGCAGGUGGUUUAGUUACAAGUGCUGCAGCAAGCAUAGCCUCCUUUUGGCGUGGGUGGACGACUAAUAAAUAGACUGUUAUUGUUAAAUUAAACAUCUUUUUAUACAAAAUGCAACUACAUAUGUAAGAAUAUAUGUAGCAGAAGACACAAAUAUUGAUAAUGCUUCAAUACAGGCGAAACAUUGCGUCAGAAGAGUUUAAACAAAUAAUGUACUGUACAUAUAUUUCUAGAUUAGUUGAUUCAUAUGUGACACGCGAAAUAGUUUGAUUCCGUUACUAAAGAUUUUGUGAGAUCUGAUAACUAGUUUAUUUUAAAACAUUUAUGUAAUAUAUUAAUUUGUGUUGUUAUUUAUUUACUUGUAAUAUAAUUCCGAAUAUUUUAUAAUACACUCGUGAUAACGAUUAUAACCUUUUGGUACAAAUUUUUCAGUGUACAAGCGAAUGUUUAAUACACGAUUAUAUAUGCUACACUUUCAUUGUUUACUUGUAAGUAUGAUUUAUUAGUAAGAUGUAUGUGAGUUUAAAAUGACUGCCUUUUUUACGCUCACUGCACUUUGUGUAAUUAUGUGUUCGUUAUCGUACACAUAAAUGUUUAUUCACAUCAGUGACAUCAUCUUUGUCAUUAUAAUGUUAUUGUCUACACAUUUUCAAGCUACUUGAAAGUUUAACAUAACAUUCUAAACAUCGUAUAGUUUUGUUUUUCCAUGCAAUCAGACAAGUCAAAUAACAAACUUACUACUUAAACACAAUGUGCGUGGUAUAAGAAACAAUGUUUUAAAAAUAUUAUUAUUUUUGCAUAAGCAUGACCAUACCAUGUUUUAUGUAUAUUUUCGAUUACACAUUGUAGAAAUAAGUCUGUUACACACUUCAUACCUGACAAUAUACAACGUGAAUGUAAAAGGAGGUUGUAUUCUGUUAAUCACUUUGAAUUAUAUUAAAUUAAAAUAAGAAUAAUAUCUAUGACAUCAAAAUGAAUUUUGUAUUUGGAACGUUGUUAAAAUCAUGUUAUAUAGACUCAAUGAUAGAUAAAAAGAAUAGUGUGUAUAUUACUAUUAGAGCACGAAUCCAUUAGUAUAAUAUACUCGCACCAUCAAAAUAAUUAUUAAAAACAAGAUAUAUGCAAUUUUUAUAGAAAGUGAAAUAUUUCUAAUCUCAUAUUUUAUUUAAUUAAUUUUACAAUAAUUUAAAAUGUUCAUUAUGUAUUAGGUAAAGUGUACAUUACUUGCACAUAUUGCAUAAAAAAACUUAUCUUUUCUUGCACUUAACAACCAUUAAUUCUCAAUUUAAUAAAAUCAUAAAUGAUAAAAUAAACAUUGCAAUUCGGCAGUGAUUAUAAAUAAUACAAUUAUUGCGACAACUUACUAACAAAUAUAAUAAUAUGUUUUAAUUGUGUAACAUUCUGUGAAUUUAAAAUAUGAUAAACAAAAUUUAUAAAAUUAAACUAAUUUUUUAUAGUUAUUAAGCUUAGAAUACGAUGAAA